GACAAUGCCAUCCACCGUCCCUCUUCUUCGAAAUCCACCCGAUGGUGUUGACAAGUACCACUCCGUCUUUUGUGAACUCGGUUAUACCCCCCAUUCUCUCACCAUCCUUGAACCCAUCUUCAUCCAAGUAGGCGAGCUCCGGCAACAGCUCGUAGAUGGCCCCAGCAAACUGGUGUAUCUAGUAACCAGCUUGCGAAGCAUGGAAGGAGGUCACCCAGCAAAUAUAUGAGGGUAGUUUGGGGUCACAGCGCAUGGUAGGUUGUCGACCGGGGCUCUUCCGCCGAAUCCACUACCACUUUUCUGCAAAGACGGUUUCAAUCACCCUGCUCCGCCGACCCUUCUACUGGUAACCUCUCAUUACCGGUACCUCCGGUGCGGGUACGGUCGACCACCCACAAACAAACAUGGUUAUUCUCCUGUUCGAAAUUCGAAUGCACGGGAAGCAGAAGCCAAACUCUUCAUCCCUCGAUGGAUCUCUAUCUGCGAAGUAUGCGCCGCCGCCCAACCCAGCAGACUGGGACGCACUCUCCCUCUACCUCACUGACCCGGAAUUGGACGACUAUCUGCAUAACCCUGAUCCUAUUGGGGACUACAAAAACGACUACGGAGCGUGGAUAUGCACCAGUCUGACUUGGCCAACCUAGGAUGCAUGAUGAUUGUACGCUUGGGAUUCUCAUGAAGAACAGGCUAACUGCGCCGGAGUGCCAUGGCUUCUACGUCCACUGAAUCCGAGAGUUCUCAAGGCAGCCUCGUGUUGGAUGCUCCGAUAAACUGGGCCCUGCGAAGUCUUCAGCACCAACUAUAUACACCGUAGCACUGGAGCUUUUAGCGUCACACUCGCAAAUUGGAGGCGCAGUGAACCUUUCGACGAUACACUCUCAAUGGCGAGCUCACGAGAAGUGCUGAUGAACUGCGCCCAGCUUUCAGCUCAUGCACAGAGGUAGGAAACUGUAUCGGAUGGCAUAGAGCAGCCAUAGCUCAUAG